CCCUCCUCGUCCUCCAUAUCGUCAUGCUCGUUGCCAAACGGAGGUGGUGCUAGGCAUCUCUUCACUUCUCUUCUUAGCCAAGCUCGCCCUUGCACUCUACCGAGGACGCUGUUCGGUAUGGCAAGUGGUAACUUGUAAGGACCAUGCAGCUGCAGAAGGCUCAAGAAUGACUGCAUCUAUGAUCUCGGUCAGACGACAGACCAAGUUGUCCUGCGCUGCUGCCUUGUCCACUUUCUGCACCUUUCCCACGUCUGCUCUUACGGCGUACCCUUGUUCCGCCUCGGUGCCGGGCCUGACUGGGAAAUAUAAGGUUGGGAUGCCCUCCAUUGCUUCCACAUUGUCCACUUUUACCCCGACAUCCUUCGUCCCCUUCUCCCAUUAUUCUUCACCGUCACCGUCACCGUCGCUUCCUUCCACCCCAUUGCCUCUGGACCAUCUUCUUCACAACAUCGAGAAGUCCGAACGCACGAUCCCAACUGGACCCAUUACCCGCCUUGCCUGUCGUCACAUCACUCUUCCCACCAUGUGCUACCAGUUGGUCGAGCUCUACUCGGUGUGCCGCUGCCUCCACUACCAGCAUGCCGUCGACAGAUGUGCGGCCUACGGACAACCGGGCCACGGCGUUCAGCAGAGGACGAUUCUUGUCGGGCUCGCCUGUGGUGCCCACGCCUCCAGCGACGUCCUACCACUACCGAUGAAAUGUCCUGUCUUUGGUGACGGGCUGCACUUCAUGGCACCAACCCAAAUUACGCUUCUUUCGCCUCGAGGACUGGGCAACCUACCUCCUUUCGCUCAGAGCAGGGCCCGCGGUGACGGUCUCUCAGACAACGACUCCCUCGCAGCUGUCCCUCUUGCUCGCGGGCAAUGGCGGCUUGGCGGUCUCGUCAAAAUGUUCACAAACGUAUUGACGAGGAGGCUAGGUCCCGGUGGGGUGGGUUUCCCGGACUUCCCUCGCUUCCCUUCACUCUUCACUCUUCACUCUUCGCUCGUACGGGCCUUGCUAUUUCGACUUUGUUCCGUACCCUAUAACGACCCUGCCAUGAGACCAAACAACGAAGUCAUCGAAGACAGACAGUUUACGACCUCACCCUUUACCGAACCGGCUUUGUUACGAUUCACGGCCAUUACGCAGCCCAAGGCGAUGCUGUUCUGGAAGCAGUCGGAGCAACAGUGGCCGUACUACCGUCGGGAACGGGACGCCUACCAUGAAGGCAUUGAUUGCCGUGGGAUAACUGGCUUGUCCCACAGGAUACCUUAGAUAGAUACUGGCCUCGAGCCCUGGUUGUGAUCUACACGAAUAUAGAAACACAUGUACUCUCC